GGGCUUUGGAAAUUCCUGUCCAAAGAAGAAUCUGAGGUUUAAAAGGAGGGAGCUGCAGAAGAAAGCUACACAGACACCUAUACAGAGAGAGAAACAGCUCUUCCUUUAAAAGAAGAUUUCCUAGGACAGAAAGAAAACAUGAAAGCCUUGGUUAUCACUUUCUUCCUCCUGUUGGCCCUCAGCUGUGGAGAGGCCUUGCGGUGCAACCAUUGCGUCCCUAGCACACCGGGCGGUAGAUGCACCACAACAUUGGAGACCUGCAGACCCGAUCAUGAUGCCUGCAUCAGAGCCAUGUUUCUGCCCCCUCUUCCCAUCUCACAUUUUCGAAGAUGCAUAAAGAUGUCCGAUUGUAUGCUGCUUCAGGGUACUCCCAACAUCAAUGCCUACUGCUGCUCCUCAGACCGCUGCAACUGAGACAUGGCGCUCAGACUAAUGAAGAUUCAGGCUGUACAAGGAUCGUGUUGUCACCUUGUUUAGUUAUGACUUUCUACUAUUGUGUUUCACUUUAAUAUAAUCUAAAUCUGCAGAGCUAUUUUUCUGUGAUAGAUAUGUUUAUUAAUCUAUAUACAAUAAAACGUCUACAAUGAAAAGUCUGUCUUGCUUGGCUUGGAUCUGUUGAUUAGAAUGUCUUAUUGCACAUGCCAGUUAUGCUCAGCCAUUUUUUUACAGUACUUUCACAGUGCUGCAGUUACUAUCUGUUUGAAUGCAUUAGUUAAAAGCUUGAAUAAAAUCGCAUGCAAAACUCC